AUGAUUCGUCCACCUCAACUCAUAUUGCUCACCUUGUGCUUUUUUCUUAAUCAAUAUUUAGUACAAGCAUCAAUAUAUUCAUGUAAUACGACAGCUCCAUGUGGUUGUUCAAAAAAUCCAGUCGUUAUGAAUGCCAGAAUUGUCGGCGGUGAAGUAGCUGCUAGUCAUAGUUGGGGUUGGGCUGUUUCAUUACGAAAAUCAUACAUGGGACACUUUUGUGGUGGUUCAGUUCUCUCUCCACACUAUGUGCUUACUGCAGCACAUUGCGUUGAUAAAAUUUAUCUUUCACUAGAAGAGUUGGCAGUUGUUGUUGGUAGAGACAAUCUCUAUGAUAAUGAUGGACAAAGAAUAGUUGUAUCACACAUUUAUGUACAUCCAAAAUGGAAUGCAGCUAGAUGGGAAAAUGAUAUUGCUAUUCUUAAACUAAAAACAGCAAUAUCUUUUAAAAAUCAUAAUGUCGAUAAACUUUGUCUACCAUCUUCAUAUGGUACUAUAGAACGUGAUUUUCCAUUAACAAACUCACAACUUGUAGCUAUUGGUUGGGGAUCUACGCGGACAGGUGGUUCUGUAUCAUACGAUCUCAGACAAGUGACAGUAGAGACUGUUGGUAGCAACGUAACAAAAUGUAGCAAUUCAAUUAAAAAUAGCACUAUACAAUUUUGUGCAGCUGUCGAUGGUGGAGGCAAAGAUACAUGUCAAGGUGAUUCAGGUGGUCCAUUGAUGUAUUACUCAGAUAUUUAUCAACAAUGGAUGAUAGCAGGCAUAACAUCUUUCGGUAAAGGAUGUGGAUUGAGUACUGAUGCUGGUAUUUAUACCCGAGUAACUAUGUAUAUCGAUUGGAUUAAAUCGAUUGUUGGUAAAGAUGGUGUGGUGAUGGUCGGAGAAAAUACUGCUAAUGUCAGUAAUAUGUCCACUAUGUUUUGUAUUGCAACACUUUUAUUUUUAUUCAUAAUGCGUUCCUUUUAA